CCGACUUGUUUUCAGUUUCACUUCCCCAUCCUCCCUUUGUCAUUGGGAACAGGUUCUGGGCACUGGUGGUCCGGUGAGAGUCCUGCUAGAAUCUUUCAUUUUCACGUAUGGUUCUUUCCACCGCAUGGUCACCUCCUGAAGAUGUUCGGGAGAGAAGCUCUCUCUUUUUCAACCUGUUUUGUGCAGUCUUUGGCCACGCUUUUCCUGUCGCAGUUAAUGGCCAGCAGCCUCAACCCCUGUGUGGAGGAGACCACCAACAUAACUUACAGAUGCAUGGAGUUGAACCUCUCUGGAGUUCCAGAUGAAAUCCCACCUUCCACCCAGAACUUGGAUCUGAGUUUCAACCCACUGGAGUCACUGACCUCAAAUUAUUUCUCAGCAGUUCCUGCACUGAGGUUUCUGGACCUCACUAGAUGUCACAUCCAGACAAUUGAAGACUAUGCUUUUGAGGAUCUUCCUAACUUGCUCACCUUGAUUCUGACUGCAAAUCCCCUCUGGCACCUGGGACCAAAAGCCUUCUAUAGUUUGACAUCCCUGCAGAAGCUGGUAGCUGUGGAAGACAACAUAUCCUCGCUAGCUGACCUGCCCAUUGGACAUUUACAUACUCUGCAGGAGCUGAAUGUGGCCACGAACAAUGUAGACUCUUUGAAGCUCCCCAAAUAUUUCUCCAACCUGACGUUUCUCCGAUUCCUGAGCCUUCAAUCGAACAAGAUCUCAUCUAUCUCCAUAGGAGACCUGGAUGUUUUGCAAGGAGAGAAGGGGCUCAACCUAACAUUAGUGCUGUCUAGCAAUGAUAUAAAAUAUAUUCAGCCAGGCUCCUUUGAGGGGAUUCAUCUUCAUGAGCUGUCUCUGAGGGCUUGUUUUGAGAACACCAAUGUUAUGAAGGCUUGCAUCCAAGGCCUUGCUGGCUUACAGGUCCACAGACUAGUGCUUGGAGAGUUCAGGAACAUUCAGAGAGUGGAGGACUUCAGUAAUGGGCUCCUGGAUGGACUGUGUCUGGUGCAGCUGCAGGAGUUUGUGUUCAUUUGCUUCAAGAGGUUUAAUAAUGGCACAGACACUCUCUUCGACUGCCUGGGCAACACCUCCACUGUUCGGCUGGUGGAUCUCUACCUCGACCAGGUGUCAGCAGUCCCGACUGCCUCCAGAAUACACCAGCUGGAAUGCAAGACCUGCAAGUUCAGUGAGGUGCCUGCCCUGAAGCUGUCCUCCUUCAAAGAGCUGAGACUGCUUCGGAUCACCAAGAGCAAAUACCUCACUGGCUUCCAGCAGAAAUUUGUGGAUCUGGAUAACCUGGAGGUCCUGGAUCUGAGUGAGAACCGGCUCAGCUUCAUCAAAUGCUGCUCCUUUCACCUGGGUGGGACUCCAAAGUUGAAGCACUUGAACUUGAGCUUCAACUCCAUAAUCAGCGUAUCCGGAGGCUUGCCGCUCCAUGAGCUGGUAUCUCUGGACUUUCAGCACUCAAAGCUGGAUAAUCUUGGCACUGUCCCUGUCUUCGUCUCCCUUGGGAAACUCAUCUACCUUGAUAUUUCCUACACCAACACUCACGUCGAGUCCCAGUAUGUGUUCUGUGGCUUAGCGUCCCUGCAAGUGCUCAAGAUGGCCGGCAACUCCUUUAAGGACAACAACCUGGGCGACAGCUUCAAGAACCUGACCCAGCUGCUCACCCUGGAUGUUUCCAGCUGUAAAGUGAUACAGGUGUCUCUGAGCACAUUUUCUUCCCUUGGUAAAUUGCAGACGCUAAACAUCAGUCACAACAAGUUGCUGACUUUUGACCACCCAGCCUACAAGCCUCUCCAGGCCCUCACUGUCCUGGACUUUAGCAGCAACCAGCUGACUGUCUUGACAGAAAACGCUCAGGAGAGCCUGCCGAGCAGCUUGGUCCACCUGGACCUCUCUUACAACCUGUUCAUCUGCUCCUGCAACCACCUGAGUUUCCUGAAGUGGGCCCAGGAGCACGGGGAGCUUCUCCGGAGCACCGAGCUGAUGGUCUGCAUCAGCCCUGAGCAUCUGAAGAAUGCGAGUGUGCUGAACUUUGACCUCUCCUCCUGCCAACUCAGUGCCGUUCUGGUGGCCGUCUAUGUGGGCACGGCCCUCGCCGGAGCUGUGUUCUUGUUCCUCAUUUACAAAUACUACUUCAACCUGUACUACGGGCUGGUGCUGCUCAGCGGGUGCAGGCGGUACGCGGACAGGGGCGACACCUACGACGCCUUUGUCAUCCACUCCAGCAAGGACAUUGAGUGGGUGAGAAAGGAGCUGGUUGAGACCUUGGAGCGGGGAGUGCCCCCCUUCCACCUCUGCCUCCACUACCGGGACUUCACGCCAGGGGUGCCCAUCGCCUCCAACAUCAUCCACGAAGGCUUCCUGAGCAGCAGGAAAGUCAUCGCCGUCAUCUCCAACCACUUCAUGGAGAGCAAGUGGUGCAGCUUUGAGUUUGAGAUCGCCCAGUCCUGGCAGUUCAUGGAGGGCAGAGCUGGCAUCAUCCUGAUUGUCCUGGAGGAAGUGGAUAAGGUGCUGCUGAGGCGUAAGCUGGGGCUGUCCCGCUACCUGAAGAGGAACACCUACCUCGAGUGGAAGGACAGGGAAAUAAGCAGGCACCUCUUCUGGAGGCAGCUGAGAACGGCCUUGCUAGAUGGCAAAACAGAACCAGGAAGGGGGGGAAACUAAUGGGAACCAACGAUGAUGGUGCGUCCCCGUUCCUUGCUCUCUCUGCCUGGCCCUGACUGAAAGCUGGGAUUGAGGAGCUAAGUCUCCAGGAGUUGUUUCCUUUGGAGCUGGAGGAAUUUAAUUCUCCUGAAGUACGAGAGUGGGGAACCAGCGAAACCCUAGGCCAGGGGUGGACAAACGUUUUGGCCCAAGGGCCACAUCUGGGUAUGGAAAUUGUAUGGUGGGCCAUGAAUGCCCAUGAA